AUGGCACCGCAUGAUGAUGUUGAAAUACAGCUUGCAUUGCAGCAUGCGAAGAAGAAGAAGAUGCACCGUUUGUUGAAAAAUCAAAUUCAACGUCGAAAAAGUCGCUUAAAGUACCACUCUAGUGCAUAUUCUUGCAGCCCAACUGUGAUGGCACAGUCAUUAACAAAACAUAUCUCUUCGGUAAAUCUUACACCGUCUUGUGGGCAACCCGUUUUACAAGAUAAUCUGUCGCAAACGUCACCAACAAAUAAUAAUACGGAAGAUGAAAAAACAUCGAAGAGCAGUAAUUCGCCAAGAUCAGUUGAUACAUAUUUUAACCUUGACAAUAUUGUUUACUCCGAGACCGUGUAUGAUUUAAAUCUUCAUCCAUAUACAAUGACAAGUUGCUUGUCAUUUUCAAAACAGCUUAUUCAACUAAUGCGAAAAUCUAAUAUCUCCAAAUCUAAUGCCAAUCGUUUCGUGAAGUUAAUACAAUCUGCUCUUCCUCAGCCAAAUAUUUUGCCUAAAUCGUAUUCUGCGAUGUUAGAUUCGCUAUCAGUUGAAAACUUAUUUGUGAAACGAGUUGUGUGUAUUAAAUGCAAAGCGGAUUUACGGGCGAAAUCAGCUUCAUGCCUCCCAUGUUCACGUGACAAUGAGAGACACCUAGCAUUUAUCUUCGAUUCAGUUCAAGAAACUGUUUUUACUCGAGUUUACAAUCGAUUAAAAUCUGUGAUUGAUACGUAUCAGACAAUUUUUACAAAGAACGAAGCUGACAAUAAAACAAAUGAUCUUGUGUUCAACAACAACUACCAGUUCCUACGUGGCUGUACUAAUCGUCCCUUAAUGAGUUUAUUACUGCAUUUGGACGGCAUCGAUUUGGAUAGAUCGGGAACAUUACAUCUAUGGAUUUUGAGUUGUUCGAUCUUAGAACUACCACCUUCUAUUCGAACUGAGCGACAAAACAAUGUAGUAUUAUCGUUGUGGGUUAGUAAAGAAUAUCCAGAUAUUAAUCUAUGGCUCGAUCGUUGUUUUGGUCAACUGGUAAAUUUAAAAGCUAAAGGUAUAGUAAAACUGAGAAAUCAAUCGAAAGUUUGUUUCCUACCAGGAGUAUUACUGAUGUAG